GGGAUCCGAAUGCGCGAAUUAUGGCGAAAGAGGACGAGACGGGAGGGGUUUCGGCGAUGGAGGUGGUGGGGGACGAGAACGAGCUGAAAGCCGUCGGCGCCCAGCUCCUGGACGACGGCCGGCGCGGCCUCCGCAUCCACGGUUGGGAGAUCGAAACUCGCAAGCGCUCCAUCCUCAACUCCUCCACUCUCGAAGAGUGGGAACAAAAGCUCGGGACAUCUCAUUUACCAGAGAUGAUAUUUGGGGAGAGUGCCCUUAUUCUUAAACACUUGAAUAGUGGGACGUCAAUCCAUUUCAAUGCUUUUGAUGCUCUUGCUGGUUGGAAGCAGGAGGGUUUGCCACCCGUUGAAGUUCCUGCCGCAGCAAAAUGGAAAUUCAGAAGCAAACCAUUUCAGGAGGUGAUACUGGAUUAUGAUUAUACAUUUACAACACCUUAUUGUGGAAGCGAACCAAAUAAGAUAAAUGCUGAGGAUGAAACAGAAGCCAUCUCUAAGGUGACUGGUAGCCUUCUAUGGGAUGAUUGCGAGGAACGCAUUGAUAUGGUUGCCUUGGCAGUAAAAGAGCCUAUUCUCUUCUACGAUGAGAUAAUUUUAUAUGAAGAUGAACUUGCCGAUAAUGGAAUUUCACUCUUAACAGUGAAAGUGAGAGUCAUGCCGAGCUGUUGGUUUCUUCUCUUGCGAUUCUGGCUUAGAGUUGAUGGAGUGCUAAUGAGAUUGAGGGACACCCGCAUGUAUUGCGGCUUUGAGGACCAAAAAUGCCCUUCUAUUUUACGAGAAAGCUGUUGGAGAGAGGCGACGUUCAAAGCUUUAGCUGCUAAAGGACAUCCAUCUGAUGCUUCUUCAUACAGCGACCCAAGCAUCAUCAGCCAAAGGCUGCCUAUUGUCAUGCAUAAAACCCAAAAGCUUGUAAUGCCUGAUAAUUUAUAAGCUGCAAACUUCUGGCCGUUUGAAUGAUUGAUGGUACUCUGUAUAGCAGGGAUUCAAGAGAAAUCUUUGAACCUCUAUAAGGUGGAAUGGAGUUGUACCUAUAACAAACUAAUUUUAUAAUGCAAUGAACAGUCAUUCUCCUGGAGCAUCA